GGGAGGCGCGCGCGCGGUGGCGCCGGCAGCCCGCCGUGUGGACGCUCCGUGCGGGCUCGGUCUGGUACUGCAGAGCCUCCGGCCCCUUGCUGCUGUGCGCCCGCGCUCCCCGCUCAGGCUCAGCCCCCGAGGCUGCUGCGGUGCCGGUUCCAGCUCCCGCUCCCGUCGCGGAUGCCAUGCUAAGGCAAGAGCUCGCCGCAUCUUACCAGGAGCUGAGUGAGGAAGUGGAGCACAUAGCUGAGCAUCCAGAGCCAGUGGAGGAGGAGGAAAUGGAUGACGAUCAGGAGGAUACCAGCUCCACUAUUUUACCAGUCCUAGAUAGUGAAUCGGGUACCAGUAGCCCUUCUGUGCGUUUCAGCAAGACCUGCCUAAAGAAUGUCUUUUCAGUAAUCCUCCUCUUCAUUUAUCUGCUGCUCAUGGCUGUAGCGGUGUUCCUUGUCUACCAAACUAUCACUGACUUCAGGGAAAAGCUCAAACACCCGGUGAUGUCUGUCUCUUACAAAGAAGUGCCCUUGUACGAUGCACCUGGUAUUGCACUUUACCCAGGCAAGGCUCAGCUGCUUAGCUGCAAGCAUCAUUACUAUGAUCACAUUCCGCCUCUGAUAAACCCAGGUCAGCCAGGAGAAAUUGAGUGCACCACUCAGAGAAUCAACUACACAGAUCCUUUUACUAAUCAAACCAUGAAACAUGCUUUGAUUGUCCAAGGACCUCGAGAUGUGAAGAAAAGGGAACUUGUGUUUCUGCAGUUCCAUUUAAAUGAAACAAACCAGGAUUUCAGUGCAAUAAACUAUCUUCUGUUCUCUUCUUUCCAGGAGUUCCUCAACAGUCCAGAUAAAACAGAAUUCAUGGAAGACUGCGAAAGCUCAUACUCCAGCUGGAAGUUCUCUGGUGGUUUUCGAACCUGGGUCAAAAUGUCCUUGGUGAAAACAAAAGAGGAAGAUGGGCGUGAGACUGUGGAGUUCAAACAGGAGAUUGUCACUGCCAAUCCUUGGAACAUGAUUGCUCUACUAUGUGGUAUUUUCUUGGCUCUGUUUAAAGCAGCAGACUUUGCCAAACUAAGUGUUAAGUGGAUGAUCAAAAUCCGCAAGAGGCACCUGAAGAGAAGUCAAGCAAUGAACCGCAUAAGCUGAGGACUAAACCACCUUUAGAACAUUUUUAGUACACUGAAUAAAAUUUCAAACAACAAUGCAUCAGUUACAUAAACUAAAGAGAGUUGUGUGUUUAAGGAGAACUGCUUACCUUUGCUGGAGUGACAGCAUAAAAGAACUGACACGAACCUUAAGAGGCUAACUCUGAAGAAUAAGACUACUAAACACGUCUUUUUAAAAAUGUAAGUUAUGAACAUCUUUACCAAACUUGUGUCAAUUUAUUGGGGGUGGAAUGGAAUUCAUAAAGUAAUAUUCAAAAUGUCAGCUUAGAACAGAAUACAGACAUGUUUGUAUUUAUUUGGCAUCUAGACAGUAGUUUAAGCUUCUCUCCAUGAGCUAAAUGGACUGCCCCUGCUACCAUAAGAGUGCCCCGAACCAGUAAAGUGACUUAACUAUGCCUGGGAAGAUCAGACAGGGGAUGACUUCUAUGAACAGGAAGGAGCAAAGCACUUACAAGAUCAAUGUAAAAAUGGGUCAAAAGGUUUAAUCUCUCAAAUCUCUAGCCUGUUACCUAGAACACAGAAUACCUGGGAUUUUUAUCAAACAUUUCAUAUUUGGUUAAAAUGCACUAUGUAUUAAAGCUACUUUAAAAGCAAGUUAUGUAUGUGUAAGCUAUAUGGAGUAUGUCAUGGAUCACUGCCAGUUACUACUUCUUAAACAAAGCCUCUUGCCUUGACACUUCAUCUGUAGAAUGAUUCUUCCAUAAACCAGAUUCACAAAUA